GAAACUGAUACUGACACACCCCAGCCUGAGGGAGAUCAGGCUGAUCUGGGACUUUAUCUCAUGAGAAGAGAAAAUGGCCGACUUUCGUGGCAGAGUUGUUACUAACGAUGAGCUUCAGCAGUUCCGGCAGCAGUUGGCUCGGUAUGAAGACCACCAGUUGGGUAUAUUCUAUGAGUAUUUCCGGGAGGAUCUGCUCUAUAUUAUUACGUCCCUAGACACCCAGAGUAUAAACUUCCGGAAUUUUGUCUCUGUGGAGCACUAUCAAGCUAUAAAGAAGUAAUGUGGCGCCUCUGUGUUUGCUGAGAUGCUGGUAGAAGAUAUUCAAGCAUCUGGGAGACAUGCCGUGCUGGGAUUAUGGGAAAGUCUCUUUGUUCUACAGAAUGAUCACCCUCACCCCAACCUGCUGGGGGCGCUGGGUGAACUCAGCCACACAGCCUGCCGGUUACAGCACAGAGAGGAGUCACAGUUUCAGUAUUUCUGGGCGCUAUUUAGACCUCAUAGUUGUCUCCAGUCAGCACUUCCGGUCUCGUCCUCAGCAUGAGCUGAUUGCAACAGGGGGAAUCCAUGAACAUUACUUACAGAGUGCUCAGAGUAACCUGGAGAGGAUUAGCCCUAACCGGCUGUUCCGCUGGAGCCACAGAAAGAGAUGUGUGCCACAGGCAGUGCUGGUGAGCGGAGUGCCAGGGGUGGGGAAAACCACAUUAAUGCAGAAGUUUGUCUAUGACUGGGCCAAUGGGAACCUCUACCAGAGAUUUGCCUUUGUCUUCUCCUUCAAAUUCCGGGAUCUCAAUAAUAAGGAGGAGCUGAGCCUGGAACAGAUGAUUAUUAAUGAAUAUCCCUAUCUACACAGUCAGCUUGACACAAUCUUUAGGAACCCAGUAAAUUGCUUUUUGUUUUUGAUGGUUUAGAUAAAAAUAAAAGCUCAACAGACUUUAAGUCAAGUAAGUUGUGCAUCAACCCACAUUCCAUAGGGACACUAUGGGGCUGAUUUACUAAGACACGAAUUCGAAUCCGAAUUGGAAAAAUUCCGAUUGGAAA